CAUGGUCAUGUUGACCCUCCUGGUAGUGAAAACGUACCCAUUCCUCAGAAUGCAUCAACAGCACGUUUUCUAGUUUCACUGAUUGGAAGACUGCCAGGAACCCAUGGCAAGUCUCUAAGCUUUUCAAGAUUUCGGUAGUAAAUGGAGCCACAAUUGACGUUAAUUGACAACGUGUUAAACACCCAGGUGGACUUCUCGUCACGCAAAAGGAAAGUCUUAAACGAGAGUUACUACAUCUAUCUUUUUAGUCCUUACCUAUCGCCUGAACCAUGUGAGAAGUCUAAAAAUAGUAUAAAUUUAAGCACGAUGCACUUUUGUUUACCCAUUUUACCAAGACAUCUUUCAAAUUCACUUGGUAACACUUAAAAUGGCAAAGGUCUCCCAUGUAAAUUCUGUAUUCUGGUUUCAAUAUUUUUUGUCAUUUCUGCAUGGAUCUGUUGCUUUUCCUGAGUGAAGCAACCAUCCUAACCAGUUUAUGUAUUUAAGUGUCAGCUCCUCUUGAAUAAGGAAUUCCACCCGUUCAUUUUCUGAUUACUAACGGAGUGUGCAGGUGUAUAAUUACAUUGUUUUCGUUCCCAGUGUAACAUGCACCAUGUGUUCUUUUAAGACAACGUGCCGAAAGAAUUGCUUGUCUGAGCAUGCUCCGUUAAGUAUUCUCUGCACAAAAACCUAUUCUUCUCAGCUGUUGCACUUGAGCUUUCCGCACUUAAGUUCUGUUCAGCGAGAAAUCUUUUCAUCUCCUUUCCAAUUUGUUGCGUGAUGUUCGCUUCGCAUAGACCUCGUGUUUUUCGUUCGCGUCUCGGGUGUUGCAUUUGCGGCGCAAAGUCUUCGAGCUCAAGAUUCACGUCUUCGUCAAAAUACGAGUUGUUGUUUAGAGGUUGCUUUCAAUUGAAUGAGGAGAGGCAAGGAGAGAUCUGCAAUGCCUGUGUACUUCUGGUCAAACGGUGGAAGAAACUGCCCUCUGGAAGUGCGAAGAAUUGGAAGCAUGUCGUAGACAGUAAAGCCACAGUGAAAAGAACUACGAAGCCAAGGAGAAGUUCGAGAAAUUCUAUGACUGUGGAAAACGGAAACGAACUAACUUCCACGAUGAACGGUUCAAGAGCAACAAGUGGUCGCAGCGCGAGUUGCGGUGGACAAGAAACUCGAGAUGAUGAUGAAAUUGAAACAGAUAGUGGGGAGAUGUCACCCACGUUGAUGUGUGGCUCACCAAGUCCCAGUCCCAGUGAUGUGUCUGAUGAUUUGUCAUCAGGUUCAACGACCACCUCUUCAAAACAAGUACGUCAAGUGUCAACAGCUUCACAAACAUCCUUUCUGUUCCCAUCCCUUACCUCUUCAGCAAAUAAUAAGCUGCCAUUCAUUGACCUGUCAAUGUGGCGACGUGAAGAAAUCUGCUGUGGCACCAUAUUCAGAGGGCCUCAUGGUGAGGUCCUUGUAGACCCUAAGCUUCUGAACCCUGUGUGUACAUGCUCUUGUAGUGCCAGGCCCCCUGUACAUGUCGCCGAAACAAAGAGUGUUAACUAGAAAUUAUAUAGUGCUCUGGCCUGAAAAGAUCAGUUAAAGAUUUGCUUCCAAUUCUGUUUCUGACAGAGUCCUUUAGCACAUGUUCACAUGACAUUGCAUAACUGAAUCUUGCAAAUUUCAAUCUGUCUCAUCAAAAUAUAAUUUGGUGCAACAUAUACCAUAGUUUCCAAGUCCUUAAAACUCAGAGCCAAAAUGAACAUAUGUUCAUGACAUCAUCACAUACAUGUACUGCAAUUAUGAUGGUAAGACUUGAAAUAAUUGAUAUCUUCAAUAGCCUUCAAAUGAGUCCAGUAUCAUCAUUUCCAAAGCAAGAGAAUUAUUGUCUUAUAGUUAAUGCAUAUAAUAUUCUCGACUAAUUUUUUUUUGUACUCAUUUUGUAUCAAUAUGGGUAGCGUUUAAAUUUUUAUCAUUUUCUUUUGUUUGUUUGUUUUUCUGUUAUUUUGAAUAUUUUGUCUCUUUUUUUUUUUGUAUUUUGUAAGAUACUUUUUGCAUUGGAAGGGCUGUUUUUGAUUGUUUGCUUACUUUCUUCAGCAGUCUCAGUCUUUAUUGAUAACUGCUUGCCAUGCAAAACUUGAUUACUCUAUUUUCUUUGGUUAAUUUUUGUCAACUAAAGAUAACUGCAACUUUGUGGAAGUUACUGUUUAUCCAGUUUACUUAAAGUCAUGUUUCAUUGUUAAGGAAAUCACUAUGAGAAACCUCAAUGGACUGUACUUUUCACACAUGCACACAGAGGAUGCAACCAUACUCUGACUCUUUGUGUCUGUUACUGUAAUUAAAUCUUUUAACCCCCCAAGAUCUGAUUAUUAAUUUCCUCUCUAGCUACAAUUCUUAACAUUUCCAUACAACUUAGUAACAAAAAUUUGUUGUUAGGUCAAUAUAACAACUUUUACCUAAUAACAGGCAUUGAGUAUUUGCAAUGCCUGUUUGCUGGAUAGGUAUGGAUAUUAUAAGAGAGGCUACAUGUUAAACACGUUUUGAAGUUGAAGGGUUUUAAAAGACAUUAUUACUUACUGUAGGUAUCAACAUGGGUUGAUAGAGUAAACUACCUUUCACUUUGCUUGUUAGUAGUCUGUUGAUUAGAGAUCUCAAAGUGAAUGCUGCUCAUGAUCCAUCAACUCUGAAAGCUCCUUAACACAAUGAUAAUCAUCAAAGUUUAGUAUAACAUUUUAACAGAGAGAGCAAACAAAUUCCAGUUUAGAUUGUCUAUAUUCACUUACAUAUGCAUGCACCUAACAAUUUUCUUUUUGCAGUGCCUUAGUCCUUUUACACCAAAAAUCUAAAUAUCAACUUCCUAAACUUUUACAUAUAUUACUUAUGUUACUUUUUCUCAUGUAUUAUUCCUUAUGGGUAUCUUCUGUAACUUCCCAUUAGUUGAGGAAAUUCAUCCUAGGAAAUUCACAGGGUGAGAGGGUUAAAUAGGCCAUUAACAUCAAUUGGCAUAUUCCAAAAAUCAACAAAUCAAAGGUUAAAUUAUCAACACAGUUCCUAAAUAGCCAUUCCUCACAGAGAACAAUUACUCUUACCUGGAGAUAAUUCUUGACCAUCAUUGAUUGUUAUUACUGAUACUUACUAACAGCAUGGGAUUUUUUUGUAGUAUUAUUCAUUUGUUGUAUUAGUUGAUGUGUUCUAAAUGGGGAGGCUUGCUGCAAUUUUUCCAUCUUUGUAUAUAGUUAAAAUGUCAGGUUGGAUUUUUAGUGUAUAUAGUGUUUUGACCUGCAUUCAUGUAUACGUGUUUACAAAACUUUAUUAAGUAG